AUGAAAAUAAUUAUUUUCUGUUGUUUUGCACUUAUUGUAUUAAAACAAUUAAUUGUUAUUGUAAAUGCUUGUACAUGUGUGAUUGCAACAAUUGAGGAAAAUUAUUGUCGUUCUGAUUGGACCGCUCAUAUUUUAUCAAUUAAAAGAGAAAAUAUAAAUGAAACUGACGGGUUUUCAAGAGAAGAUAAAAUAUGUCAACAAACAAAAAAGAAAGAUUUUGUUUAUACAGCUUCACAAAGCGCUGCUUGUGGCGCUUAUCUUGAAAUUGGCAAAGAAUAUUUAAUUGGAGGUAAGUAUUUUGAAGAUAAUACAAAAAAGAGAGUAAGUUUAUGUGGACUUGUUAAAGAUUGGAAUGAUUUAUCAGAACAAUUAAAAGAAGAUUUAAAUAAUGAAAAUUUGGAUAAAAAUUGUACAAAAUACUAA